AUGGCCGCCUACAAGCUGGUGUUGAUCCGCCACGGAGAGAGCAACUGGAACCAGGAGAAUCGAUUCUGCGGCUGGUUUGACGCAGAUCUGAGUGAGACUGGAGAACGGGAGGCGAGGAGAGGAGGACAGGCCCUGAAAGGUGGAUUCUUGUUCUUUUUUAUUUGACCAGCUAGUUACUCACUUUGUGUUAUAUCAGACACAACAAACACAUCAAAUAUUUCCUCACUAAAGCAACUGACUUUGAUUGUACAUUUUAAUGAUCUAUUUAUUUAAAUAUGUGUCGCAGCUGCUAACCCUACAGCAUUUUCGAAGCCUGUAGUGCCAGCACAGUUUGCCAUUUAUGCUGCCUGAAGGAAUCUCAACUAUCUUAUUUGAUGUCUAUUCACUAUAGAAAUUGUAAUUGUGGAAACACUUGUUACCAAUACCAGCAAUGUCACGUGAUGACUCCAUCAAUUUUGAGAUAGGAUGGAGGUGUUUUCGUGGCUGUUCCGCACCGUGGUAAAGUUGGUUUGAUUGUUCGAUAUUCGCCGGACCUUCAAAACUCAAUUGCUUGUGAACGGUUUGCGCAGGUUAGGCUCUUUUAUGGACCGAGUUUAAUAAUAUCACAGCAACGAUGUAGGCAGCCUGCUGCACGUCCCAUGCUAUCCCUUGAGCAUGAUACUCAGUUCCAUUACAUUACACACGAGUCAUUGGACGAAGGCGUCUUCUGUAUGGGGAGUUUUAUUAAUAUUCCGAUGCUCGGUCUGAACAUUACCAUGCAUUAGUGAUGAACGGGUUGACUCAUAACCCGCAGUCCCCGCGGUAGCCUAUCCGUUUAGGGUCAUUAAAUAUUGUGUGGAUGAGGGCAGGUGUGUGGUGUGUGGGUUGAAUAAAGAGAAAACAACACCUUAAAAUACAUAAAUGUAUAAUUAUUGUUAUUUAUAGGCUACAUUUAGCCUAAAAUAAUGAAAUAAAAAGCUAUCUGGCAUUAGUGCAUAAACCUAAACUUUAGGGCCUAACUGUACACUCGCGCCAAAUAGCCUACACUCCAAUAGACACAUGCUUUUGGGAACUGGCAGAAAAAGUGGCAGUUAUGUGUGAUUGUGAGGGGCUAUACAAAUUCGACAGGCACAAGAUGGGGACUUCAAAUAGGCGUAUGGCAAGUCAAGGGAACUGUAGUCUACUGUUCAGAUGGGUUAAAUGGAAACUGAAAUCUGGACACUGACUGUAGGACUAUAACCGCUCACAUAGCCUUAAUAUUAACUCCUGCAGAAUUAAGCAUUUCUUGCAGUAAAAUGAUGCACCAAAUGUAGGCAAAAUUUAGACUCUGGGACAGGAGUGGAGAAAUAUAUGAUUUUCUUUCAUCUUGAGAGAUUGCGAAUACGUGGUUAGAUACCAUCUGUUUAAAAAAAUAUUAAAAUCAUUUUGUGAGGAGGACAAAGGAUGUGCAGCAUGUGUCCCUCCCUUCUGAACAGUUUAAAGUUGGUUUGAAGUUUCUAGGUGACGUGUUCAGAAUUUGAAUAUUGUGAUCAUGCACAUUGUUGACGGUCCCUAACUAGUUGCAUAGACCGUGUGGUGGCCUGCCUACACCGUUGCCAUGAGAUUAUGAAGCGCUGAUUGGAAUCGGGAAAAUAAGACCUGUGCAAUGUUGUACACCUAUUUUCCUUCAUAAAGAGCCUAACCUGAGGUCUGUAGCUCAAACAGUUCACGAGCUAUUGAGGUUUGAAGGUCCAAAUGUCCAGUGAAUAUCCAACAUCAAAUCAAUUUUACCACAGUUGUGACUGUACCCCUUGUUUCCACCUCGACCAUGCCCCCAUUCCAUACCCUAUGAAAGUCCCACCUACUUCCUGGUUCAAGUCUAGGUUGAAUAUUACAAUCUUAUAUUUUCGACCUAGACUUGAACCAGGAAAUUACUUGGGUGUGACUUUUAUGGCGUAUUGCCAAUGGUUUUAAUAACUAACCCAUUCAUUGUUCUGUGGUAUUGCUAUCUAUGGUUGGGCUCCGCCUAUUAGUUCAGCCCCCUUUUACUGUGGAUGAAUGAGCAACGGAGAUCCCGCCUCCACCGCUUUUGGUGUCACAGCUCUUCCAAAGGAUGUGAACAUGACUUUCUAGACGUGCUGCUUCAUGCAAUGAAUGAAAUCAAAACCUUUCUCAGUGUGUUGGUUAGGGAAAUAUCUGGUGUUUCUGACUCGAGUUUAGACGUAUUCGGCCCAAAACUUAGGCUUCUAGUAACCCAUGCUAUGUUGGCUGAUGAUUUGAAUAUUGACCAGAGAUGUUACUUACAUAGCUGUCCACCCACCCACCAAAAUCAUCCUGAAUCAAACCCUGAUCACAUCCUUUCUCUUCCUCAGAUGCUGGCUAUGAGUUUGAUGUGUGCUACACCUCAGUCCUGAAGAGGGCCAUCCGCACUCUGUGGCUGUGUCUGGACAGCAUUGACCAGAUGUGGCUUCCCGUCCACCGAACCUGGCGCCUCAACGAGCGCCACUAUGGUGGCCUGACUGGGUUAAACAAGUCGGAGACUGCUGCCAAGCACGGAGAGUCUCAGGUGAAGAUAUGGAGGCGGAGCUUCGAUAUCCCUCCUCCCACUAUGGACCCGGACCACGACUUCUACACCGUCAUCAGCAAGGUGAGGGACACACUCACUAACAUGGGUGAGAAUUUGCCUGAUAUGACAUCAGACAUAAACAACAACAUCAUUUUAAUCUGUCUUUAGGCUCACUCACAUUGGGAAGAGCCUAUAGUGGCAGUCUUGUUUAGGGCUGUGGCGGUCAUUUUUAGUCAGCAGGUGAUUGUCAAGCAAAUAACUGCCGGUCUCACGGUAAUUUACCGUUAAUUAGCAUAAACACACUUAGUAUCUCCUGGCUUCCACUCAUAGCCUACAAGCCACUGAUGCAGACCUUUUGAACAGCUAGAUUUUAAAAAGUCUAAUAUCCAUUUAAUAAAUCCAUUAUUUAUUUUAGACAGGUCUAAAGAAACAUGAUAUGAGGAAAAUGUAGUCUAUUUCAGAAGAACAGAAUGGCAUACACUGAGUUGUCCUUAUGUUAGGUCCUGAUCCGGCUAUGCCAUAUGGCUGUGGGCUACACUAGUUCAUUUAGCAGACAAUAUUUGCUUAGAAUUCCGUGGCAUUAUUUUUUAUUAUUUUAUAGUAUGAAGAAUCAAACUGAACAUAGCUUAAUAAAAUAGAAAGGAUAUUUUCCCCAAACGAUUUAAAAGGAAGUGCGCACAUGCGGCUAUUCUGUGUUUUAGCGGUUAACAAAGAAACUGGUCAUCCUAUAUGCUUGCUUUAGAGUUAUUUAUGCAACUUUAGUUGUGAAACAAAAGUUGAGCUAUAUGUUUUGACGUUUAAUACAUUAUAAGGCUGCAGGAUGGGACUCUAAUAAUGAUUUGUAAAAAGUCACAAGCUGCACACACUUCAUCAGUCUCUCAUUCUCAAAGGACCUGACAAUAUUCUCACAAGGCCUCAAAUUUACUGGCGGCAUCCCCCUUGUGUGGCCGUAAUGCCCCCUGAAAUAAUCCAUGCCUUUUGCGGCCAAAGCUCUUGAAGCACCUUUCACUCACAUGGUUCUCUCAGAUGUAGCCAAUGCCCAUCACAUGAUCGAGUCCUUCUCACAGGCAUUUCAGCUAAGAAGUAGGCUACAAGUGAAUGAAGACAGACACAUCGGGGGCGCAACUGCGCGUGUGAGUCCCUCUUAUCGAAUUCUGAGGCGCAUAUUGAAGAUGUUAGAACUGUCCACAUUUAGCCUACUUUUCGUCAGCCAACAAGAUGAGUAGGCCUAACGAACAGCAAACCACUAGCCUAUGUCAAUCUACUAUCCCCCAUAGUACAAAAGUUGACCUAUUUUAAAUUUAUUUUACCUUUAUUUAACUAGGCAAGUCAGUUAAGAACAAAUUCUUAUUUACAAUGACGGCCUACACCGGCCAAACCCGGACGACGCUGGGCCAAUCGUGCGCCGCCCUAUGGGACUCCCAAUCACGGCCGGUUGUGAUACAGCCUGGAAUCCAACCAGGGGGUUCUGUAGUGAUGCCUCAAGCACUGAGAUGCAGUGCCUUAGAACCACUGCACCACUCGGGAGACCGAGUCUAUUGGUCAACUUGUCCUUCUGUGCAAUAAAUAUUCCAAACAUACUCUGGGAUAAUGAAUAGAACCACUCGCAUCAAAAAACCUUUUAAAGCAAUGAGGCUGAUUUGUUUAUCUUACAUUUUCUAUAAAGUAUUAGGCUAUUCUUUCACAUAAGCGCAGCAAUGCGCACACGGCAGUAGGCUAUAAGCGCGAAUGUUCCAAAAUGCAAUCAAUUAACGGGAAAACACUGUUCUUGAAAGUGACUGCAAAUGCGAUUAUGCAUGUAAUGCUUUAUUAUAAAGGUGCAUUUUUAUGGUGAAAAUUAUCUUCCCCAAACUUGAAACUCACACGCAGCCUAUGUAUGCCAGGUAGGCUCUACACCGGUUAUAAAGCGGAUGAAUGUGCUUAAUUUUAAGAAGUUAUUUGGCCACUUUAGUUUUGAUACAAACCUUAUCAAAACAUAUAGGCCUAUGGGCUAGGCUAGAUGAGGUGUGCGACUGUGAUUUUGAAAAAGUCAACAACAAAAAAAGAAAGUGCGCUGUUUCUUACCUUAAUGCACAAGCUGGGCAUCAUUGACAAGUGAUAGGCUAAUAUUGUUACCCAUUAGACUAUUCUUAAUUUAAUGUUGUCUUUAUAUAUAAUAGAUGUGUGAUAUUAGUUUGGAUUUAGAAUGGACCCAAAAAAGAUACAUGUCAUCUAUGCACUUAAAUAGCGAAUGGAGGAUGCUUUACCCAUGGUUCAUUUUCAUGCCAGCCAGGUAGGCUAUACUCCCGUUGCAAAGCAAUGUGCUUAAUAUUUGGAAAGUUGAUAAAUAAAUAUAGUAGGCCUAGCCUAUAGAAAGCUGAUGGGAUCCUCUUUUUAAUAGAGGCCAUCAACUUUUUUGUUUGUAAUUUUUUAUUUAAUUGUUUUAUUUAAUGCAAUUCAUAGACACUAAUGAAGUGUUUUAAUUUAGAUUUUAGAUUGCAUUUGCAUUGUCAGAGUGAUUAGAGGGACAAUAGAGUGCUGAGUACCAGGCAGUUAGCAAGUUUGGUAGGCUACUAAUGACCAGCAGCAGCAUCAGAGCUUGGAGAAGCCUAGUUACCGUGACUAAACGGUCACGUGGAAUUUGACUGCCCUCACGGUCACCCUAACAGCCCUAGUCUUGUUGUUGAUUUUCUAAGCAGAACGUCUGAGACUAUACUUGGAGUAUACCAAAUAUUAAGAACACCUUCCUAAUAUUGAGUUGCUUCCCACAGUUGUAUCAAGUUGGCUGGAUGUCCCUUGGGUGGUGGACCAGUCUUGAUAUACACAGGAAACUGUUGGGGCGUGAAAAACCCAGCAGCGUUGCAGUUCUUGACACAAACCGGUGCACCUACUACCAUACCCGGUUCAAAGGCACUUAAAUAUUUUCUUGUCCAUUCACCCUCUGAAUGGCACACAUACACAAUCCAUGUCUCAAUUGUCUCUAGACUUAAAAAUCCUUCUUUAACCGCUCCUCCCCUUCAUCUACACUGAUUUGAAGUGGAUUUAACAAGUGACAUCAAUCAGGGAUCGUAGCUUUCACCUGGAUUCAUCUGGUCAGUUUGUCAUGGAAAGAACAGGCGUUCUUAAUGUUUUGUGUUCUCAGUGUAUAUUGCAGAGUUUACCUUUUAAUUGGGGUUCUCCUUGUACUAGCCUGUUUCUGAGGGCUACAGUAGAGCAUGUCUCAUAGAAUCACCAUGUGUUUUCCCAAGUUCAUUGAUAAAUUGUCCCUGAGAUACCCCUCAACAGGAGGCGUGAUUAGAGUCUGGGGUCUCUGAUAUGGUAGAUGCCAAGCUCAAGCUGCCGUCAUGGCAACCCACCAGUGUUCUGUCAGAGGGGCAGCAGCAGAGACUAUUAUGGGCUGUGUGUUAUGCUGAGGAGAGUGCUUUAGGUUAUGGUUGUGUCCCAAAUAACACCCUAUUAGGAGUAGUGCACAAUAUAAGGAAUAGAGUGCCAUUUGGGAUACAUCCUAUGUGUCUGUGCCCUCUGUCUGCACCACCAGGUCCCAUGGGAAGACCACAGACUAGGGCAGGGAGGGCCAACUCCAGUCCCGGAGAGCUGCUGUUGUGUGCAGGAUUUUGUUCCAUCUUAACACUUAUUAUUGAACUGUAAUCAUCGAUUUGAUUAAAGUAGUGAUCUUUCAAGUUGCUAUGAUCAGGACUGGAUACAAUCUACAGGGGCAGCAUUUCCUCAAGCAUACUGGUGGUUAGUCCUGCUGACCACGAAAACAAAAUGGCUUCUGCCUCAUCUGGUCAUUCAUGUUUGAAGUGUUUGUUUUUUAUUCAUGGUGCUCUUAUAUAGCACAGGGUCUUCUGGUGUUGUGUGUUUCAACUCUGAGUUAAUGUAUUGCAGAGGAGUGCGAUUAUAGGACGGUAAAGUUCAAAGUUAAGCUGAGAUCAGAAUCGAUUGGCGAAUGCGUCAUCUGUACUGACGGGGGUCAGUGGUUGUGAUGUUAAAAAUAGUCACGUAGGGCUAGCAGAGAUGUACAGGUGCAUUGGCCUACUGAUCUUUAUAGGCUAAACAUUUGGAUAAUGCAAUUAAUUUGUAUGACUUCAAUGUACAUAGAACUGAAAGCACUGGACAGUUGAAGGUUUCUUCCUUCCCUAGGGAAUAAACAAAUAUGUAUUUCUUCUAGGGAGUUCUUCCUAGCCAAUGUGCCUUAUGCUUUGGCUUGCUCUUUGGGGUCUAGGCCGAGUUACUGUAAAAGCACUUUGGGUGUAUUUACACAGGCAGCCCAAUUCUGAUAUUUUGUUUACUAUACUGAACAAAAAUAUAAACCCAACAAUUUCAACGAUUUUACUGAGUUAGAGUUCAUAUAAGGAAAUCAUUCAAUUGAAAUAAAUAAAUUAGGCCCUAAUCAAUGGAUUUCACAUGACUGGGCAGGGACACAGCCAUGGGUGGGCCUGGGAGGGCAUAGGCCCACCCACUUCGGAGUCAGGCUCACCCACUGGGGAGCCAGGCCCAGCCAAUCGGAAUGAGUUUUUCCCCACAAAAGGGCUUUAUUACAGACAGAAAUACUCCUCGGUUUCAUGAGCUGUCCAGGUGGCUGGUCCUGCAGGUGAAGAAGCCAGAUGUGGAGGUCCUGAGCUGGCACACCUGUGUAAUGAUCAUGCUGUUGAAUCAGCUUCUUGAUAUGCCAUACCUGUCAGGUGGAUGGAUUAUCUUGGCAAAGGAGAAAUGCUCACUAACAGGGAUGUAAACAAAUUUGUGCACAGAAUUUGAGAGAAAUAUGAUCUUUGUGCAUAAGGACAUGUUCUGGUAUCUUUUAUUUCAGCUCAUGAAAUGUGACCAACACUUUACAUGUUGCAUUUAUAUUUUUGUUCAGUGUAAUUGGUCUUUUGACUAAUCAGAUCAGCUCUUUUGCCAAUAAUUGGGCAAAAUAUCAGAAUUGGGCUGCCUGUGUAAAAAAAAAAAAGCCUAAAGUGACCACUGCUGAUGUAAAAAGGGCUUUAUAAAUGUGAUUUGAUUGAUUGAAAGCAAUAUGGUAGUAUGAGGGUUUAGGCCCAGGUUGCUGUUAGUACGUCAAGAAACAAAAAAAUGCCUAUCUUCUCUUUAGGACCGUCGUUAUGGCGACCUGUCGGAGGAGCAGCUUCCGUCCUGUGAGAGCCUGAAGGACACCAUCGCCCGGGCACUGCCCUACUGGAACGACGAGAUUGUCCCCCAGAUCAAACGGGGCAAGAGGGUUCUCAUUGCUGCCCACGGCAACAGCCUCAGGGGCAUUGUCAAGCACCUCGAGGGUCGGUAGUAGGAACUGCUUAGAACAAUGAUUAUUUCUAACUGCUUUGCUCUGGAGAGCCACAUGGAGUGCAGGCUUUUGUUACAGCCUAGUACUAAUGCACCUUUUUGGAAAAUAAACACCAGUUUUUAAAUCAUCAACUGUUCAUGGUCACAAUUAGUCGAAUCAGGUGUGUUAGUGCUGGGCUGAAACAAAAGCCUGCACACACCAAUUAUCCCCAGGAGUGGAAUUGGAGAACCCUGGUUGGUUUCUAGGAAGUACCUGUGAUAGUAUCUUUUUUCAGGACUGAGGUUUUACUUCUUACACAUUCUAAUCGGCACAUAUGAAAUGUAUGAUAUUGAAAUAAUCGCACACUGAAAUGUGCUUCACCUCAACCCUCCUGUGUCAGUCUGUGUGCUCAUUAUUUUUUUUGUAUAUUUUGUAUACACUUUCUUUUGUCAUUAUAUUUUAAUUGACAUGAUUUACAGUAUGUUGUCAACCAUAAACCCCAUGUCCUGCUCUGUGCUUCCCCCUGCAGGUAUGUCAGAGGAGGCCAUCAUGGAGCUGAACCUGCCCACAGGCAUCCCUAUCCUGUACGAGCUGGACAAGAACCUGAAGCCUGUCAAACCCAUGCAGUUCCUGGGGGACGAGGAGACCGUCAGGAAGGCUAUGGAGGCCGUGGCAGCCCAGGGCAAAGCCAAGAAGUAG